ACGUUUUGUGCAGCACUUGGCCAAAUUAAAGUCCCUCAGGAGAGGAAGCCGAUGGCUUUCAGGAGAGUUGCCUAUGGACAAUUUAGAGCUUCCUUCCUCCGGGUCCAGAUGCAGAAAAAAAUCGAAAGCCGCGGUGGCUACUUUGACGUCCUUUUGACUCUGAUCAACGCGCUGAAACCGAUCUAUGAAGCGAUUGUACAGUACAUGCAAGUAGAUUUGAGAAAGUGCUGCAUUGCAGCUUCCUGUUCAAGAUUAUUUUUACAAUUUGGGGGGACGAGGGAGGGGGGCUCAGCCCCACAUCCCACUAGAAUAGAUCUGCCCGUGCCCUGAACAGAUCUCCUUAUUCACAAACUACAAAAAUAACAUUUAUAAUAAUCUGCCAGAAUUUAAACUAGUGAUUUGUUCAUUAAAAAAAAAAAGUUUGAUGCGCAGCAGGAAAUAGAUGGAGACAUUUUUGCUUCCCAAAAAACUUUUUUUCUUUAUUCAAUGCUUUAUAAACAAAUUGUCUUAGUAUGUUAAUUGGAAUUUUUUUGUCAACAGCAAGUGCGCGUUAUUUACGUCACUUCCGAUUUGGCGGUCCAGCCAUCUGGUCGGACCGGAUAAAUCAAUCAUUUAUGACUGAUUGACGUCUUAUUAUUGAGUCUGAGUCACGUGGGCUCACACUGCGCAUGUGCGCAAGGCAUCGGGGCUGCUUUAUUCUUGGGAAAAAAAAAACUUUUAAAGCAAUGUGUUUUCACAAUUAAGUGACAAAUUACUUGUGCCCUCGGUCGUGUACUCGUUCUGGUUGACGCCUUCUCGAUACUCGCCAGCGGACAGCGACACUGCUCCCAACUUCAUUUUGAGGACUGCACGGCAAAAGCGUUUCCGCCGCCGGAGGAAAGCUGAGAGUUUCCCCCCGCAAAAGCGUCUUUUCGUUCCGGGGGAGGCUCGGGUGGACACGAUGGACGCGACCCGGCCCGCGGGCCCGGCGGGAAGCUUCCUCGGCCUCGUCUGAACGUCCCAGCAGAAACCGGGCCGGCCCGCGCCGCGGACUCGGCGAAGAUGCGAGUGAGCCGCUCCGACGUGCUGCUGGGCUGCGUGCUCCUUUGCUCCGCCUCCCUGCUCUACCUGGGCCUGAGCGGGCUGGACUGCCCCCCCGAGAGUCCGCGGUCCCGCUGGGCCGAGCUCCGCCGGGCCUCGGCCGACCCCAACGCCUCGCUCAGCGAGCGGCUCCCCGAGGACACGCCCCUCAUCUUCAUCGGCGGCUUCCCCCGCAGCGGCACCACCCUGAUGCGGGUCAUGCUGGACGCCCACCGAGCCGUGCGCUGCGGGGAGGAGACCCGCGUCAUCCCCAGACUGCUCACCAUGCGCGCCUCCUGGAGCCGAUCCGUCAAGGAGCGCAUCCGCCUGGACGAGGCCGGCGUCACCGACCGGGUCCUGGACUCGGCCGUGCGCGCCUUCCUCUUGGAGGUGAUCGUGGGCCACGGAGAGCCGGCCCCCCGUCUCUGCAACAAGGACCCUUUCGCCUUGAAGUCGCUCACGUACCUGGCGCACAUCUUCCCCAAGAGCAAGUUCGUGUUGAUGGUGCGAGACGGACGUGCCUCCAUCCACUCGGUCAUCUCACGCAAGGUGACCAUCUCGGGCUUCGACCUGAACAACCCCCGCGACUGCCUGACCAAGUGGAGCAACGCGGUGGAGACCAUGUUCAACCAGUGCGUGGCGGCCGGCCCGGACCGCUGCCUGCCCGUCCGCUACGAGCACCUGGUGCUGCAGCCCGAGCGCGAGAUGAGGAAGCUGCUGCGCUUCCUGGAGCUCCAGUGGGACGCCGCCGUCCUGCACCACGAGGAGCUCAUCGGCAAGGCCGGCGGCGUCUCGCUGUCCAAGGUGGAGCGCUCGACCGACCAGGUGGUGAAGCCGGUGAACACCGACGCGCUGGACAAGUGGGUGGGCCGCAUCCCCGAAGACGUCGUCGAGCACAUGGCCGAGGUGGCCCCCAUGCUGGCGCGGCUCGGCUACGACCCGCGCGCCAACCCGCCCGACUAUGCCCGCGCGCCCCCGCUCGCCAAGCCCGCAUUGGUAACGACCUGCGUUCUCCUCACAGACGUACACCGCGUAGAACCAAACCGACCAGCCUUGGAAGGGGGCGGAACCUUCCGGACCCGCUUAGACGGGCAAAAGAAGGGGAGAAGCUCCCGGACCUGACUUCACCACCACCACCGACCCACCUUCAAGGACCACUUCCUGUUUCCGAGGGCACCCGUCACAUCUCUUUCUGUUGUUUCCUUCUUGCGGACGCGGCGCAAAUGCGAACCGCACGCCGGAACUUUCCUUAAAUUAUUGCAGAAGACUGACAGACUCCUCCGGCGGCGGGCGUUUCCCGAUCCGCGCCGCCCGACCGUACGGGAAACAGCCACACGAGGUCGCUGCCAUUACUGCACAGCUCAUCUCCAUGGUGACCAACAAGCCAAUAAUAAUAAUAAUAAUAAACAAAUGACACAA